AUGUUUGCCUAUCCGUCCGGCUCCCUCCACAUGGGUCACCUUCGAGUCUACACCAUUUCCGACGUGAUUGCUCGAUAUCGGCGCAUGCGAGGUGAUCGUGUCCUUCACCCCACGGGAUGGGACGCAUUUGGUUUACCAGCCGAAAAUGCUGCGAUUGAGCGUGGCAUAGAUCCUGCACUUUGGACCAAGGAGAAUAUUACGAAGAUGAAAGCGCAAUUAAAGAGCAUGAACACACACUUUGACUGGGAUGCAGAAAUAUCAACUUGUUCACCCUCUUUCUACAAACAUACUCAAAGGAUAUUCUUGGAACUGUAUAAGAAGGAUCUAGCAUAUCAGGCGGAAGCUCUAGUGAACUUCGAUCCUGUUGAUAAGACCGUCCUUGCAAACGAACAGGUUGAUAGCAAUGGGAGAUCAUGGCGCUCUGGAGCACUUGUACAGCAGGUCAAACUCCGGCAAUGGUUCUUUCGAAUUACAGCUUUUAAAGAACCUCUCCUGGAGGAUUUGAAGUAUCUUUCCGAAGCGGCAAGAUGGCCUGAUCGAGUUGUCACACAACAGCGUAACUGGAUCGGCCGCUCUCCUGGAGCACGCAUUCAGUUCACCUUGGAGGAUUCAACGGGCCAAUCUACUCCGAUUCACGUCUUUACAACUCGCCCAGAUACUCUCUUUGGAGUAAAGUUCAUUUCUUUAUCCAUGAAUCAUCCUUUCGUGCAGCGGGCUGCACAGACCAAUCAAGAGUUGCAAAAGUUCCUCGAUAGACGGGCGUCCUUUGCACCUGACUCCAAAGAAGGGUUCGAACUUCCCCUUUCAGCCAUCAACCCGUUGUCAGAAAUGGCUGGUGAUCGAUCCGAGUCAUUACCUGUAUUCACAGCUCCAUAUGUCUUGGACAACUAUGGCGAAGGUGUCGUUAUGGGAGUACCAGCUCAUGAUUCUAGAGACUUGAGCUUUUGGAGGACCCAUAGACCAUCAGCCGCAGUUCCGAUCGUCAUUACUCCCGCUUCUACCACGAAAAAGCCAAGCGAUCUGUACAUGGCCGACCUUCCUGAGGCAUAUACUGAGCAUGGUAUCCUGACGGACCUGUGCGGCCCUUACGCUGGCAUGCCCAGCGCUGAAGCAGGCCUCAAGAUCAUUGAAGACCUCCAGCGAAAAGGACUUGCAGAGCCAUUCGAAACGUGGAGACUUCGUGAUUGGCUUGUCAGUAGACAACGAUAUUGGGGAACUCCUAUUCCGAUUAUUAAUUGUUCGAGUUGUGGCACUGUACCAGUGGCAGAAGAUCAUCUGCCUGUGGAACUCCCCAAGCUUGAUUCCUCUAUCCAAGGCCAGAUAGGCAACCCCUUGGACAAGAUUGAUGAUUGGGUCAAUUGCCAAUGUCCGAAAUGCAACGGGCCGGCCAAGAGAGAGACGGAUACAAUGGACACCUUCGUGGAUUCAUCAUGGUACUUCAUGCGAUUCCUAGACCCGUCAAAUGAGACUGAACCAUUCUCGUCGCGAUCCACAGAAGGUAUUGUCCCGGUGGAUUUUUAUGUUGGAGGAGUUGAGCAUGCAAUAUUGCACCUUCUAUAUGCUCGGUUCAUCUAUAAAUUCCUCUGCAGUCAAGGGCAUAUCUCGGAAAAGGCGGGUCCUGCCGAGCCAUUUCAAAAGCUGAUCGCUCAAGGAAUGGUCCACGGAAAGACUUUUUCAGACCCAGAAACGGGGAGAUUUCUUCUACCGCAAGAGUUAGAGCUGAAGGGAGACCUUCCAACCAUCAAGGCGACCGGCAAAUCACCGAGCGUGACUUGGGAGAAAAUGUCCAAGAGCAAGUACAAUGGGGUCGAUCCAUCCACUUGCAUCCAGAAAUUUGGUGCAGAUGCACUACGAGCCCACAUCCUGUUCGCGGCACCCGUCAGUGAGGUUCUACAAUGGGAUGAAGAGAAGGUCGUGGGAAUACAACGGUGGUUGGGCCGCGUUCAUCGUCUGGUCCAUGAUCUUGUAACUUCAAACAAUGGCAAUUUUGGUGUCACCUCGACAAGUCCUCUGGACCUCAAAACACUCUCGGCCACUGAUACCGCGAUACUGCUCCAGGCUCACAAGACAAGCAAUGCUAUCUCUGAUACAUUCUCAAACAACGUCUACACUCUGAACACGGCCAUAUCAGACUUGAUCAAGUUGACGAACGCGCUACAAGAGACUGGAGUGCAAAAUCUAUCGCCAAUGGUCGCACACGUCACGAUCGCUGCACUUUUGAAAAUGAUGGCCCCCAUUACUCCCGCGUUCGCAGAAGAAUCCUGGGAAAGCAUCAGUAGGAGUGAAGCCACCGAAAAGACUACUACCCAGAGCAUUUUCAACUCGUCUUGGCCUAACAACAUCCUUUCCGAAGAGCAAGAAAUUUUCUUACAGGGUUUGCGCAAGACCAUAACUUGCGCUGUACAGAUCAACGGCAAAAUGCGUUUCACCGUCCAAAUACCAUCGCCAUCAAACAGCGAAGUCAACAACGGCAAAGAAAAGCGAGAAACAGAGAUUAUUGACGCCAUACUCGGCACCGAACAGGGCCACACGUGGCUGACGGAGAAGAACAAAUGGGAGAACAGGAAGAGAGUCGUGGUGGUAGGCGAAGGAAAAGUGGUCAACUUCGUCUUCUGA